AUGGGUGCCGACAUUAACGUGGAUGUCCUCAUCAUCGGCAUGGGACCGACCGGUCUCGGCGCCGCCAAGCGACUGAACCACGUCAACGGACCUUCGUGGCUGGUCGUGGACUCGGCCGACAAGGCCGGCGGUCUCGCCGGUACCGACGUCACCCCCGAGGGCUUCCUGUACGAUGUCGGCGGCCACGUCAUAUUCUCUCACUACAAGUACUUCGAUGACUGCCUCGACGAGGCCCUCCCCAAGGAGGACGACUGGCACACCCACCAGCGCAUCUCGUACGUCCGCUACAAGGGCCUCUGGGUCCCGUACCCCUUCCAGAACAACAUCUCCAUGCUCCCCAAGGAGGACCAGGUCAAGUGCAUCGACGGCUUGAUCGAUUCCGCCCUCGAGUGCCGCGUCGCCAGCAGCAAGCCCAAGGACUUUGACGAGUGGAUCCUGCGAAUGUGCGGCGAGGGCGUCGCCGACAUCUUCAUGCGUCCCUACAACUUCAAGGUCUGGGCCGUGCCCACCACCAAGAUGCAAUGCCAGUGGCUCGGCGAGCGCGUCGCCGCCCCCGACGUCAAGACCGUCACCAAGAACGUCAUCCUCAACAAGGUGGCCGGCAACUGGGGCCCCAACGCGACCUUCCGAUUCCCCGCUCGCGACGGCACCGGCGGCAUCUGGAUCGCCGUCGCCGACACGCUUCCCAAGGAGAAGAAGCGGUUCGGCAAGCAGGGCGAGGUGACCAAGGUGGACGCGGAGAAGAAGAUUGUCAGCUUCGCCGACGGCAGCACCGUCGGCUACGGCAAGCUGAUCAGCACCAUGGCCGUCGACCAGCUCGUCGAGAAGAUGGGCAACCAGGAGCUCGUCACCCUGUCCAAGGGCCUCUACUACUCCACCACGCACGUCAUCGGCGUCGGCGUUCGCGGUCCCCGCCCCGAGCGCAUCGGCGACAAGUGCUGGCUGUACUUUCCCGAGGACAACUGCCCCUUUUACCGCGCCACCAUCUUCUCCAACUAUUCUCCUCACAACCAACCCGAGGACAAGGUCAAGCUGCCGACUCUCUUCGUCGCCAACGGUUCCAAGUGCUCCGCCGAGGCCAAGGAGGGUCCCUACUGGUCCAUCAUGCUCGAGGUGUCCCAGUCGACCAUGAAGCCCGUCGACGAGAAGAACCUGCUCAGGGACUGCGUCGCCGGGUUGAUCAACACCGAGAUGAUCAAGCCCGACGACGAGAUCGUCUCGACCUACCACCGCCGCUUCGACCACGGCUACCCCACGCCCACCCUCGAGCGCGAGGGCGUCCUCAAGCAGCUGCUGCCCAAGCUCCAGGACAUGGACAUCCUGUCGCGCGGCCGUUUCGGCAGCUGGCGAUACGAGGUCGGCAACCAGGACCACUCGUUCAUGCUCGGCGUCGAGGCUGCCGACCACAUCGUCAACGGUGCCGUCGAGCUCACCCUCAACUACCCCGAUUUCGUCAACUCGAGGCAGAACACCGAGCGGCGCCUGGCCACGAGCUUCGAGUAUUGA